ACGAACGAUGACACACGUCAUUUGAUCACAAUCGAAGGCAAAAUUGUUGAAUACAUUCUAGAAUUUCUCGACAAACAAUUAAUUAAUUAGUCUGAAAGUAUACAUUUUCAUUAGUAAUACGUUGAAUCUCAAAUAGUUGAAUAUCAUUUGUUAGUUCAAAGCUCUCUGUUCGUUGUACACGGAGUAUUAUUGUGUGGGUGUUUAAGUUGUGAAAUAUCUUGUAUAGUGCGCCUUAGGAAAGGUCUGCUGUGGUCAUGGGUCUCCAAGCACACUAUGAAGAGGAGGUGAUGGCAGAGGAGGAGCCCGCGUCCGCGUGGUUCAUCAACCCCGUCAGCCUCGUGCUGCAGUUCCUGGCAUCGUACGGCUGGGUGCUGGUGGGGUGCGCGGCCGUGCUGCUGUACGCGCUGCACAAGCUGCGCCCGCUCUAUGACAAGUGGCAGCAGGCGCGCGAGGAUGCUGUCUAUCACAAGAACCCGGACGUGGCCCUCGCUCGCAUGGAGGCGGUGCAGCGCGCGCGGGAGCUGCAGCAGCAGAGGCUGGCUGAGGCCUCGCAGCGAGCACUGGAGUUACAGAAGGAGCGUGAGGAGCGCAAGCGACAGGAGAACGCGGAGCGACUGCAGAAGUACGGCGGCGCCGGGCAGCGCCUCGGAGAGAAGGGAGACGACUACAUGCCGCUGAGCGCGGGCGCGUCGACCUCCUCAUACCGGCCGCCCAAGAAGUCCAAGUGCGGCGGCGGCGGCUGCGGCCGGUAGACGCACCCCGCACCUAACACUGCAAGCUACUACAUACCAUCCACUAUCAUGUCAUCUGAUACUUACUGAUUAAAUUAUAUCUUCAAACUAAACUAUACGUAUUGUGUACUUAUUGGAGGUACUCUAUCGUUUAUUGUAAUAUAUCGUCAAGUAACUUUGCCGCUGUGAAGACGGCGCCGCGACGCAUGCGCUCUCUGCGAAGUAGUAUUUUUUAAAUUGAAUUUUUAAAACAAUAAAGUGUAUGUAAUGCCAUAUUACGUGUAAUAUGUUCUACAUAGUAGAUAAUUGAUGUAUAUCCGUCGAUGUUGUUACAAAAGUAUCACAUCGAGUGCUCUGUCGUCACGAGUGACGCCGUUUUAAUAAAAUUAUAAUGAUAACACGUUA